AACACUCUUAUCAUUACAGAGCAAAGAUCCUUCAGCCUACUCGGAGAGAGUGGGAUCUUUUUAACUUUGGCAAAAAUCCUGAAGGGCAAUCCACGAUGCGCAGUGAAAGCAGCCCAGGUGCUUUCAGAGAUAGCCAAGAAUGAGGAAAUGAAGAAACCAUGUAUUGAAGCAGAUUUGGUUCCAACUUUGAUACCUUUGCUGGAAAGUACAGACCAAGAAAUGUUGCUUCAUGCUGGGAGGGCUAUUGGCCGCAUCUGUUAUGAUAAUCGGGAACUUCAGGAAGAGCUGGUGAAGGCUGGAGUAAUCACACCACUAGUCCGAGUAUUAACCGAUUAUGCAGAGAGUGAACCACUUGUCCAUGUUGAUCUACUGGCCUUAUGCAAUCUUGCAGACCUUGAUACAGCCAAGGAAGCUCUAAGCAAGACAAAGGUUGCUGAACAGCUGGUAAAACAACUGAGAAGAGCAGAGAACCAUGAGAGGUUAGAAAUUAUCUUUGAGGUCCUGCAAGCACUUGCAGAAAAUGAUGCUCUAAAAGUGCAGUUGGUGGAGGCAGGUGUGCAAGAGGUGCUGUCCGAGAUCCUGAUGAGGCUCCAGGGUAGUUCACAAGCUGAAAAUACAUGUAUUGUGAAGGCUGCAUCAGAUCUCAUUGUCUCUCUGCUUCUUGGAGAUGGCAACUGUGUACGAAUGGUACAGCUGGGAGUCAUACAUCAGCUUCUGGAUCUUUUGGAGAAACAUGUAGAGAGUGAGGACAUCUCUGUUCAACAUGCUGCACUCAGUGCACUUCGAAACCUUGCUAUACCAGUUGUUAGCAAAGUUCAAAUGCUGGAAGAAGGUGUGGCAGAACGGAUUCACACACUUCUAAGGUCAGAGAUGCCUCCUGUGCAGUUUAAACUCCUUGAAACACUACGAAUGUUAGCAGAUGGUCAAGCUGAUGCGGCUGAAAUCUUGGGCCAAGACCCUAUGCUACUCAACAGACUUGUGCAGUGGUGCAGUACUAAUGACCAUACUGGUGUUCAUGGAGAAGCAAAUCGGCUGCUAGCAUCGAUCUUGCAUCACAACAGAUCCCAAGAAGUGGUCAAAGCCAUCCAGGAGGCACAAGGAGUGAAGCAUCUGAUUUCCAUGACAACAAGUGAACAUGCUGGCAUGCAGAAUGAGGCUCUGAAUGCCUUGGCAAUAGCAUCUGCAAUCAAUUUAGAAACCCUUGAAGAAUCUUUUAAGGAAUUACAGCUAGUUCAAAGCUUACACAAACUUCUACAAGAUGAUAAUACAAGUCCUGAGGUGAAAUAUAACUCAAUGGGUCUUCUGUGCAGUCUUCUUAAUUCAGGUGAUCUGAGGCAAGAAAUAGAAGAGGACAAGAUUAAAGAAACCCUGGAACAACUCUGCAGUCACAGCAAUGCAAAUGUAGUCAAAGAAGCUGUCACAACAUUACAAGUUUUGAGAGGAGAAACACCCCACUAG